CAAAAAUAACUUUUAGAAAUGGACAUAUCUACAGGAGAAAAUACAUCAGUUAAAAAUAGAAGAGAAAAGGUGCAUGAAGCUUUCAAAAGAUUGAAGAUCAAUACUGAGGGUGAUGUACCAGUUGUUGCUGUUUUGGGUUCUGGUGGUGGUCUUCGUGCUAUGAUUGGUUUCUUGGGCGUCCUUUCAGAACUGGCUAAUGAUGAUAUUCUUGACACAGUUACAUACAUUUGUGGUACUUCUGGAUCUACAUGGUGUAUGUCAUCACUUUAUGACAAUGACAAUUGGUCAAAUUGUAUUGGGGAGAUGGAAGGCAAAAUCUGUAAAACAUUCGAGAAGGAGUAUGAUUUACAGAAAUCAUGGGAGAAGCUGAAACAAACAAAGGAAAAUGAUACUGCAUCACUAACUUCUUUUUGGGCCCAUGUAAUCAUUCAAAUGAUGACUAAGGAUGUUAAUGAAAAGAAGCUUUCUGAUUACUGUGGUGCCUGUGAAAUUGGGUCAAAUCCAUAUCCAGUAUACGCUGCAGUGGAAAAAACAAAUGUGAAUAAUGGCAUUAAACAUGAACCAGAAACCUGGUUUGAGUUUACUCCACACACAUCUGGAUUUCCUGCAUAUAAAGAAUAUGUGGACACAAAGUUACUAGGGAGCAAAUUUGAACAAGGCAAGGUAUCAAAGAGCCAACCUGAGAGAGAAGUUUGUUUUCUGCAAGGAAUCUGGGGCAGUGCACUUGGAAGUGAAAAAGUAAUAUUCGAUUUCAUCAAAGAGCAAAUUAGAGAGAUAUGGAGCAAACUUUGGUCCAUCCUAGCUCAAUCUAAUAAAGUGACCAGCCAUGGGGAGUACUGUAAAUGUGCACUUUUGAAGGAACUUCUCGCAGAAGACCUGGAAAGCCUGGAUUAUAAACAGAGUGAGGAAUUUCUGCAGAAACUGAAACACUUAUUAGAAGAUGUUGAAAAAAGAGAGAAACAGCUUGAGACAAAAUCAUUAUUAGGUAUGUAUUCUGUUAAACUGUUUGAUGCACCGUAA